AUGGCAGACUCAUCGCAAGCAGCUACUUCGCUGCUGACGGAACAUCUACAGUAUACACCGCUGUCACUCAUCGACGACAUCAUCAAUUCGGUAAACAACUUCGUCUAUCAAGGCGUCGGAAGCUUGGAGACUGGACUGCUGUCAACUCCACCGGAAAAGUUGGGUUUCAAGGCAACAACAGCAACGGGCGCAGAUGGCACAGAAGAGAACGAGUUUCCAGAAGCGAAGCAAGAGAUCGAAGAGGGCCUCCACAAGCUGGAGACUCUGCUCAAUUCCACCGUGGACAAGAAUUUCGACAAGUUUGAGAUUUAUGUCCUGAGAAACAUUUUGUCGGUGCCUGCUGAGCUUGUCAACUGGGUGCGCCUGAGCCAUUAUCAAAAUAUUACCUAUCCUCUCCCUGAAACUUCCCCGACGGUCGAAGAUAUACAACUCCUUCGGCGCAAAUUGGCGGCUUCCAGGGCAUUGUCCCAAAACCUGCAUCGGGAACAUAGUCAGAAUCAGGCAAUGCUGAAACAACUGCGAGCGCUUAUCGGUGGUGUGCAGCAAGAAGCCAACACCAUGUCUUUCCUAACGCAGAGUCCCGCCGCUCAAGCAUUGAACCUGGCUGGAAACCCCGACAAACAAUUGUUGACCACCAACACCAAAUUCGCAGUUUCGCAGUUACCGGCCCUCCGAUCGUUGCUCGACGACCUCAGACCGAAACUAAACGCCCUCAAAUCUUUGGAGUGCAACGCGUCACGGGCCAGCGCAAAAGAGGAGAUCAAAGAAGAGAGACGUGGUUAUAUCGAGCAACGAACGCGAUCACAUCUGGAGCGUAACGGUAUCAAUCCAGCCGAGAACUCUAGCCUGUUAUUUGCAAAGCGAGUCGAUGAGGAGGAGGUCCACGCCCUGGAGAAGGUCGCAUCGAUAUUUGAUCAGACUUGA